AUGUUGCGCACCGUUUUUCGUCUUCAAGCUCUGACUCGCACUCUCAAUCCUCGCCUGACAACUCUGUCGCGACCUCAAUUCAUCACACCCAUUAUGUCUGCCAACAUGACCUCCGUUACUGCCAAGGAUGCCUGCCCUCCUGCCGGCCCUUACUCCCAGGCCAUCCGUGCCAAUGGCCAGAUUUUCGUCUCCGGCCAGAUCCCCGCCGAUGCCACCGGUACCCUGGUCCAGGGCAACAUCGGCGAGCUUACCCAGGCUUGCUGCAACAACAUUCAGGCCAUCCUGACCGCGGCCGGCUCCAGCGUCUCCAAGAUCGUCAAGGUUAACGUUUUCCUCACCGACAUGGCCAACUUCGCCGAAAUGAACGCCACCUACGAGAAGUUCUUCGUGCACAAGCCCGCCCGCAGCUGCGUUGCCGUGCACCAGCUGCCCAAGGGUGUGCCCGUCGAGAUCGAGUGCAUUGCUCUGGAGUAA